CAGGCUGACGAAACCAUGAGAGGAACUGCAAGAGUCCUUUCACUCUGCCUCUUGUCGCUGAUCCUGAUCAGCUGCAGCACAGCGGAAGAGGUGAAUCAUGCGAGUGAGCAAACAGAGAAAGUCGCCGAUCCUGUCCAUGAGAAUGUGGUGAGGCACGAGGAGGAGAGAGUACAGCAGCAACCCCCUCCCCCCCCUCCUCCCUCUCCUCCAGUGGCCGAAGCCAAGGAGCCAGCCCGUCCGCCCCCGCAGCAAGCGAAACAGCGAGUAGAGGAGAAGAAGAAUACUUCUUCUGAGUCGAAGGCUUCGCUUCCUACUCUCAAGAGUUUCAAUCCGUUCUCACUGCACGAGGUCAAGAAGUGGAAGAAGAACACCCUCAACUUCCUCCACAAGGACGAGGUGCAUGCCGUUAAGUCUGCACUUGUGAUGGGAGACGUCGCGCUGGUAGUCACAGGCAUUCAGCUUCAGCUGUCCAUCUUCUACGAGAAGAUGCAAGCUGCUCAGUUGCUGGGGAACCCUUCGGCAGGUCACCACGAGCACCUCGCGCACGUCCACCAUUACCGAGAGCAUGCAUGUGCGCAAGGAAGCAUCGCCAUCCUGUCCAUCCUGCUGAUUGAGAACCUCGCGGUCCUGUGGGCGACGGGGUGGAAGAAGUUCAUCAAAAAGACUACUCAGGUCACUGACUUCGUGGUGGUUGCCACGUCCCUCGUCCUCGAGCUCGUUUUCGACAAGCUCACUGGCUUCGAGAGGAUCGUGGCUGAGCUCUGGCGAUUUGUGCGUAUCGUGCACGGCAGCUACGAGACUUUCUUCCACAGCCCCUUCGUCGCUCCUCUAGUGGCUCCGGACAAGGGCCACCAUUAACCUCUGACGGGCUGCCGCAGCAGGAGGGGAGCGAAUAGAUGAUGGCACAACCUUG